CAACCAAAUGCUUCUUUAGUUGAGUUUGAACCUAAGUAAUAAGAGGCUAUUGAUUUUAAAUAGAGAAGUUGGAUAAGGGAAACGGCUGACGCUUUAGGUAUUGGAAACUUCCAAAUACAAUUACGGAUUUUGUUUAACCUGAAUUGUCUGUCGUUUUUUUGCCGUUCAUUUAUUCUUUUAUUAAUUUGCUGUUUUUAACGGAGCGUCUUUGCCUUCUGAUCUUUUUACCUGGAUUAAAAAUACCGAAGAAGCAUAAGGGAAGAAAAAGGAUGCUGUUCGGAGUGAUCGGCUUCUUGCUGAUCCAUUGCUGCUGGAUUCAUGCGGAGAGGAAUGUCUGCAAUACCUGGGAGACCCCCAGUGGGACGAACAACGUGUGCUGUAAAAAAUGUAUUGAGGGUUAUCGGAUCUUCAAUUACUGUGGCCCGGUGCUGGACGACCUCUGUGUCCCCUGUGAGAAUGGCACAUUCACCCUGGACCCUUCAAAGAACGCAUGUACCAAGUGUAGACAGUGUGGAGGUGUUCAACACACCGUGGAGGCGUGCACCAGAACCAAGGACACACAGUGUGGCUGCCCGGACCCUCUGCUGUGUAACGACAAGCACUGCUCCAUCUGCGUCCCGCAGUGUGGGAGAGGCCGUGGACCCCAAGGAGGCUACUGCAGGCCGUGUCCAGCUGGGACCUUUAACAACCAGAACAACCAGAAGUGUAUCCCCUGGAGAAACAUGAAGUGCACCCACCCAUAUGAAUCCAUGAUCAGGGGUGAUGCGUACACUGACAGCAGAUGCGUUUCUCACGCAACGAUCACCGCAGCAACGACGACUACGACACAAAGACAUAAAGAGAGUAAUGCAGAAGAAGACACGAUGCUGCCCUGGUGGUUAGUCAUAGCCGUCAGCUGUGUGGUUCUGCUCAUUCCCCUCAUACUGAUGCUCAAAGUCUUGACCAAAUUAAAAGCAAAGAAGGGCCAAACAAUGGCCAAAAAGCCACCUUUCAUCACGACGCCGACCGAUGAGCCAAGGACUCUCAUGGCCGUCGAGUGCAGCUUCCACGAGCCCGAGCAGGUGAGCAGCUCAGAGUCCCUGGCCUCCGAGAACUCAGAGGACUCCACGCACAAGCUCAUUGUGUGAAUUGCCCCGGCCCUGGACCCCUCUGGGACGCCAAAGAAUUGUUGGAUCAACAAGCAGAUCCCCCCGGGGCAGCUGUUGACACCUUGGACUGGAAGACGAGCCGUCCGUUCACACAGCCACUGCUGGAGGAGCCUCGCCCAUUACUGUGUAACUCGGGCUGUGGCAAUCCUUUGUUAAACAGGGUUAUAGAGGAACACAGAUUCACAAGUUCUCUGCUUCUCAUGUGAGGCUGGACUAAGUGUAUAAAAUGUGUCUGUAAUAUAGCCCAGCGGUCUUUAAAUAUC